UCUUAAGCUGAGAUUGACAAUCAGAGCCAUCAUCUUGAUUAUCUUUUUGUUCUUAAACUCGAGUUGAGAAAGAGGCAAGGAAUAAAAACCUUGAUGCUCUAUAAACAUUAGCUUUAUGGAAGGAGGAAAUAAGAUGCUAUCAGGCUUUGGCUUUGGUUUGCUCUCAAGAAAAGAAAAGGAACAUUGCUUGCAACUGUUGCUUGUCUUUGCAGAAAGAAUCCAAUGCUACAGCAGGCUAAAAGCCUGCAUUAUUUUUUUAAUUUCCUUUCUUUAAACAGACUAAGAAAUGGACCAAGGAGAAAACAAGAUCCAGCUCUUUGGCAUUUUUAAUGAGUUCCUAUGUUAUAUCAUGUCUUUUGGAUGUCCUGUGUGUUUCAGUCUAUCCAUCUGUCGAAGGCUAUUCAACUUGUUCAAGGAUACUGCUGCUGAAAUAGCAGGUCAAAUCUACAUGAUCACGAGUUUGAAUUUAUCUUGGCGCAAUGGCUUCCUUAUUGUCGAUAGGCUUUAUGAAUUUGUUGUGCAGAGCCUUGCUGAUGAAGCUACCAAACCUGUAACUUUGGGUGAUUCCAAGGGUCACAGUUUGGUCAAUACAAGCCAAUCUCGAUCUAAUCCAGGUAAUGGAAAUCACUCAACCAAUGAACAUGUUCUGCAUUCUGAAGAUUCGAGUUCUCGUGUAAUUCCCAAGCUGGAAGAAGCUGUAGUUGAAGAUGAUCCUGUCCUUGAAAAUGAAGAAAGUGAGCUUUCUCAGGUAACUAGUGAAGAGAAUGAAGGUGACAAGAUUGUUGAGGAAGAGGCCUCUGGACCAUCAAUGGAAACUCAAAAUAAAGCUCCAAAGAAGAUGGUUAGCAUAAAUGAUAAUGUGGAGGAGAUUUAUUUCAGUAAGAAGAAGAAGAAGAAAAAGAAAUCAACAGAGAAAGUGCCUUCCAACAAAGAGGAAGUAAAAGAAGAGCCAAAACCAUUGAAAUCAAUUCUCAAGGUGGGCUCUAAUGUAAAUGAAAAUUGGGAUGAGAAAUAGUAAAUUCAUAGGUGCAAAUAACAAAAAAUUACUAGUAAAUUAUACUUGUUAAUGACGCACAUUGCGUUUGGGAUAUGAAAUAAGUUCUCACUCAUUAGUAUCUAUGAGGUGU